AUGUCAGACCAGGACGGAAUGAUCCCAGACACAGGGUAUGAUACACCGGUCCCUGAGCUGGACGACCAUCGUCAUGAAUCGAGCGCGUCUCAGCGCCCAGAGCGACCACGCCGCGGGACUUUUGACUCUCUGUACGGCUCUCGCCAAGUGGAUACAGAGACGGCACCUCGGACCCCAGAUAUCAGAGUACGAGAUUUCGAGGAGGCUAUCAUAGACGAGGACGGCCUUGAGGUUCCGCAGACAACUCGACACGGCCGUCGACUUACGGUUGAGACAGCAAAUGAAGGCAGAUCAAUAUCUCCCCCUAAUUCUGUCAAAGCAUUUGCGCAGGCCCGCCGUCGUGAAAGGGAAAUGUCUUUCUCGGAGCCAAAAUGCGAACAUGAGGAACCGCAUGGACGGGCCAUGUCCAUAUCUAGCCGCCGCAGCCAUCGAAGUAGGGCUCAAACCAUAGAGAAGGAUGCAUGCAGUCUUUUGACAGAUAAAGCCGCUGAGGAAGAUGUGUGCUUUCCAUUACAAGAUAGUCACAGGAACCAUGAACUUCGAAUUGACUUCGACUACCUGGAAAAUUUCAUCAACACCGAACGAGCUACUCAAGUGGAAAGUCGGCAGCUAGCCCCUCCCGCGUUCGAAGACUUGCGGACUGAGUCUGUGGCUAGUCACCGGAGCCAGCUAGCUACCAUAGAUGGGGACAUUCUCGACAUGCCUUCAGAUGAUUCAUUUCAGGAAAAACGGCCAGCUGAAGUCAAUGCAAAGCCAGCUCCGCAAGCUGUUGAUAGCAACCGUUUCAGCUUUUUCUCAUCGGCGUGGGAGUCAACAAUCCACGCCGCGGAAAUGGGCGAUCUUGUGCUGCCUGGAGAGGAUAUCCGUGGGCUCUUCGAGCUUCCCAAAGACGAAGCAGAUGGGGUUUGGUGGCUCAACGUCAACAGAGCAGCCAAGGAAGAAGUACAGGGAAUUUGCAAGGCAUUCGGAGUCCAUCCCCUUACCAUUGAAGACAUCAUCACCCAAGAGGCUAGAGAAAAGAUCGAGCUCUUCCCCUCGUACUACUUUGCCUGUUUUCGCUCAUUCAAUGUCGUUGAAGAACCCGAUGGUAUUGAGUACGAACCUUUCAACAUCUACGUAUUGGUAUUCCGCGAAGGCACACUCAGCUUUAGCUUUGCACCUAAUUCGCAUGCAUCUCAAGUUCGGAAAAGAAUUACAGCCUUGAAGGAGUACGUGUCUCUCAGCAGCGACUGGAUAUGUUAUGCAUUGAUCGACAACAUUGUUGAUUCUUUCGCUCCAGCUAUUCGUACAAUAGAGCUAGAAGCGGAUGCUAUCGAAGAUGAAGUCUUUAUCAUGCGCCAGGACGACUCAAGUUCGUUUCUUCGUUCAAUUGGACGCGUUCGCAAAAAUUGCAUGGCUUUGAUGCGUCUUCUUGGUGGCAAGGCCGACGUUUUGCGCGGUUUCACUAAGCGAUGUAAUGAAAACUAUCAGGUCACACCGCACAUGGACAUUGGUAUGUAUUUGGGCGAUAUUCAGGAUCACGUAGUUACGAUGGCAACGAACCUUGGUCACUUCGAGAAGAUGCUCUCCAGGGCGCACAGCAACUACCUCGCCACUCUCUCUAUUAACAGCAUUUCCCAGGGGACAGAUACAAACAGGGUCUUAAGCAAAAUAACGUUUCUUGCGUCUGUUCUGGUACCACUCAAUUUAAUCAGUGGUGUGUUUGGGAUGAAUGUUACCGUACCAUUCGAAGGUACCGGGAGUCUUGCAGCCUUCUUCGGGAUAAUUGCGACAAUGGUAUUCGUUUGCUCUCUGAUUCUGGGGUGGGCUCGCUGGAAGCGGUACCUGUAA